UAAACAUCGGCGGAAGACGGUGGGAGGGUCAUGACGCAGCGAGUUUCAGUCGUGACUUUUCCCGAGGCGUCUCAGCGCCCCUGCUCUUCCCCUUUAAAGUAAAACGUCGUCCGACCCAUCUCCGUGCGUCUCGGGGGCGGGGGCGGCCAACGCAGCCGGCGGCGCGAGGCUGACGCGGACGACGGCGGGCGGCGGCGAGGGUCACGUGGGCGUGUUUGGGGGCGGGGCCGCGCGGCGGUUCCGGGCGGUUGGGCGCGCGAGCGAGGAGCGGAGGCAGCCGCGCCCGCCCGCCCCGCCCCUGGAUGCCGCUCUGCCCCGGCGCGGCCGCCGCCGAUCGCAGCACAGGAGUCGCCGCCGCCGCCGCCGCCGCGGUUCAUGUGGUUGGCCCGGGGCUGAGGAGGCCGCCAAGAUGCCGCAGUCCAAGUCCCGGAAGAUCGCGAUCCUGGGCUACCGGUCUGUGGGGAAAUCCUCGUUGACAAUUCAGUUUGUUGAAGGCCAAUUUGUUGACUCCUACGACCCAACCAUAGAGAACACUUUCACAAAAUUGAUCACAGUAAAUGGACAAGAAUAUCAUCUUCAACUUGUAGACACAGCUGGGCAAGAUGAAUAUUCCAUCUUUCCCCAGACAUACUCCAUAGAUAUUAAUGGUUAUAUUCUCGUGUAUUCUGUGACAUCGAUCAAAAGUUUUGAGGUGAUUAAAGUUAUUCAUGGCAAGUUGUUGGACAUGGUGGGGAAAGUGCAAAUACCUAUUAUGUUGGUUGGGAAUAAGAAAGACCUGCAUAUGGAAAGGGUGAUCAGUUAUGAAGAAGGGAAGGCGUUAGCAGAAUCUUGGAAUGCAGCUUUUUUGGAAUCUUCUGCUAAAGAGAACCAAACUGCUGUGGAUGUCUUCAGGAGGAUAAUUUUGGAGGCAGAAAAAAUUGAUGGGGCCGCUUCACAAGGAAAGUCUUCCUGCUCGGUGAUGUAAUCCACUGCAGGACCGAGGCCCCCAGACCCAUCCUGCCUGGAGAGCAAACUGCCCGUCAUCCUCGAAGAUAAACUCCGCUUCGUUUUCCUCUGUUAACCUGGGAGAUUUGUUUGGGUCAGAGCCUUUCCCACCUCCCCCUUCAGAUUAUGUUGAACUCUGACUGUCCUGAGUUCACGUCCACUUUCAAAUUUUAAGCAAUCAUAUUUUCAAUUUAUAUAUUGUAUUUCUUAAUAAUAUUAUGACCAAGAAUUUUAUCGGCAUUAAUUUUUAAGUGUAGUUUGAUGUUUAAAAUAAUGUAAUCAUCAAAGAUGCAUAUUGUUACACUACUAUUAACUAGGCUUCCAUAUAUCAGUGUUUAUUUCAUUGUGUUAAAUGUAUACUUGUAAAUAAAAUAGCUGCAAACCUUAA